AUGGAUAAAAUUGUCGCCUUAGGGAAGCGCGGCAGUGAGGGAGGCGCUCCGGUCCUGGCUGGUCCCUUCGUCGGAAUUGGAGCCUUCCGUCCGAAGUGUGCAGGCCGCACGGCGGGACUGGAAGAUGAAAUUCUUGCAAAUCGGCAUGAAUGCCGGCAAGGACAAGGGCUGGGGCGACGUGACCUGGGAGAAGUUGGGACAAAUGCACAUGGGUUCCCUUGCGAUGUUCGACUUUCAAGGGUGCGCUCAGAGCAGGCUCUGCUGUCUGGGUACAGGUCGUACCGAGAAACCGUGUCGGUGGCCUGCCCGACGCCUCAACGGUCGCUAGACAUGGUUAACCCAACAUUGCUGGAACACAAGACCAGAAAAUGA